CUGUCUCUGCUUCGCUGGGUUCUGGCUCUCAAUAGGGAAGUGAAGCGGCGCUGCGCUGACGGUGUGUACAUGUUAUAUCAGUGAGUGUGAGAGAAGGGUGGCUCUCACUUCAUCUCCUCCUGCUCGUUCUGCACUAGGCUCCUUGACUUGGACGAGCUGGUUUCUGGAUAUCUCCUUUGCUACAAGCUGACCUUGCGUGUUGUCUUUUUUUUGUCUCCCUUUCUUUCCUCUUUUUUUUCGCUGAGAUAACUCUUGAACGGUAUUUCGGGGGAGGGAGCGGAGAGAAAGCCUUCCGCUUUUUGAAUCAUUUUGUGAAAGAAAUACCAGCAACUCCACUUCAGAGGCAGAUACUAUGGAUGUUCUACCGAGAUGCAGCAUUUUUCAAGAGCUUCAGAUUGUGCACGACACUGGCUACUUUUCAGGUCUGGCAUCACUUGAAGAAUACUGGCAGCAGACUUGCCUAGAGUUGGAGCGGUACCUUCAAAGUGAGCCUUAUGUCUCGGCUUCUGAAUUUAGAUUUGAUGGACAGGAUGACAUCUUGAGCAAGAUCAUUAUGGUCUGUGGGGACAAGGAUGAAACUGACAAGAAGAAUGCAGGUUUAUUGGAAGAGGAGACCCAGGAGAGUCAGAACCUGGAGACCAACAGCUUGAGCUCCGAUGCAAGCACCGAGUCAUUGGACAGUUCAGAGGAGCUCUCGCCCACUUUAAAUUAUGCCUCAAAUCCCUUAAGUACUGUUCUGGCAAAUUCUGAAACUGUAAACUCUCCGGUUCUGUCCACUCCGCCAUCGUCUCCAGAGUUAACUAAGGAGUCUUCUCCGCAGCUGUGGACCAACUUGCAAGCAACCAUUCCAGAGCUGAAUACACCAGUUAAAAGUCGUGGUGGAAAUGCUACAAAAUCAUUGGAAAAAUCUAGUCCUGUAAACGGGGAAGCAUCACCCGAUGGGAGGAGAAGGAUUCAUCAAUGUCAUUUCAAUGGAUGUAGGAAAGUUUACACCAAAAGUUCGCAUCUAAAAGCACAUCAACGUACUCACACAGGUGAAAAACCUUACAGGUGUUCAUGGGAAGGCUGCGAAUGGCGAUUUGCACGAAGCGAUGAGCUUACGAGGCACUUCCGGAAGCACACAGGGGCAAAACCAUUUAAGUGUGCUCAUUGUGACAGGUGUUUCUCCAGGUCAGACCACUUGGCCCUUCACAUGAAGAGACACAUCUGAAAGUGUCCAAAAAAAAGGUCGGUUGGCGAUUCAGCUUCAUAAUUGAACUGCCACACAAGGAGGAACGUAUGCUCCAGCCAAAGCAUGCCAUUUUGCACCCUACCCAGUAGCCUCCAGGGCCUUUUUUGUCAGGGUGUUCUCAGAGACUGUUGGUGUGAGUCGCAGCAUAGCAACUGUGGUGCACGGUGUUUUGGGUAUUUUCCCAGAUAUGUACACUAGUACCUAAUUGUAUGAGUGGCUGCCGAGCCUCUGCUGUGAGCAUGUGUACUGAGAACAUUGACUGGGUUGACUGUAUGAUGAGGAACCAAUGAUUUUUUUCUUGUGGUGAGGUAAGAUUGCAUUACAGUGGGCUGGAUGAGUGUGUGUGAGAGAGAGAGAGAGAGAGAGAGAGAACGAAAGAGAAAAUAGAGAGAGGGACAAACCUGGAGAUGGGAUAACCGCCAAAUGUCUCCAUUGAUCCACGCCUUAAAGAAGGUGCUGGACAGGAGACUGACCCCUUUCCCGUGUGAGAGGAGCUUUUGGUGUCUGGUGCAGCAGAUAAAUGUGCAAUGUGUCGAGUAGCCUUGUUCACUUGCUACAAAAAAGCUAAUUUGUAAUCCAUUGUAUAAGCUGUGUAUUAAGGAUAUAACACAACUAUAACUUUCAUAAUAAAUAGAAAGGUGUUGCAUGAUUCUGGGGAUUGUACACUUUUCAUUCUUUGUAAUUGGGGACUGCAAUUCGAUUCCAAUUAUGUGCAGUUUAAAACAAAAUCUAGUUGGGCAAAUGUUAUGAUACAUAAAGGAAGCCUGGACUUUCUUGGUUGGAUACCACUAUAGCUUAGCAACUGAUUUACUUAAGCAGCUAAUUUUGGUCUUUGUUUUAUUUAUGCCUAAGGACUAAUUUCUGGUUUCUAAAUGUUAAUGCACUGUUGACAUGAAAUAAUGGUGCCUUAUGAAAGUGACCUUGCUACUUUACUGUAGCAAUCUCAUGUGGGUCACCAGACAGGGGUAUGGGUGACUUGGGCUCCAUUAAGGCUCCCUAUCACAUGAUCUUGUACACUGUGCCUCUUUCUGUCUUUGACAUGGAAACAAUAAAAAAAGCUUUUCUUUAA